ACCUCUAAUAGACAAUGCCUUGGCCAUUACCAUAGAGGGCUUCUGAACACAAGCUCAUAUUAUAAGGUUCAUGUGUACGAGAUAAAGAAAGAACCAUUUCACAGGAUAAAGAAAUUUCUCCUAUGAGUUAAUAAGUGUUCGUUAUUGAUGUUGACAUUGGUGCUGAUCAGAUGUCGUUUUCAGUUUGAUGAGAAUCUCAUAAGUGAAUGAGAAUAUGCAGGUCGCACAUGGAGAGGCUUGGGCCGCUUAACAAAAAAUAAGGAAUCUUUAAGGAUAGUGAGAGCAUACAUUCUAAGGGUACAGUUUUGUUUAUACAGCAAAUCUCUGAGCUUCUUGGAAAAUUCAUAUGACAUUGGAAGGCUGCCGUUUUAUGUGACCAAACCAUCUAAGAAGACUCUAUCUAAUCUUAUCUCCAAUGGAGCUACUCCAACCUUUUCAUGUAUAUGCCAAUACAAGAAAUUAUGUUCGAAAAGGUUUUUUUAACUAGCCAAUGGGUGAAUCGUUUACUAUUCAAAUUAGUACAGACCUUAUCCGUCAACUCACUAGCAAUAACACGAAACCAAAAAGGUCCAAAAAAACCAAACCAAAGGCUUCACAGGACCAACUACCGCAGCCACAGGGCAAGACAAAGCCAACUUCAGAUGCUGAGAAAAGCAGCUCUCCUGGAAAAUGGCCUCAGCAGACCCCUAUAUUCCUUCCAUUUCCAAUGAGCUCUCCCUUACCCUCCUCACCUACCAUUGCAGAGUUGGAGGCUAUCAAGUCUGCCCUCCAAGAGAGUGAAAAGGUUGUGGAGAAGCUAGAGAAACAAGAAACUAACAUGGUUCAAGAGCUAACUCAGAGGGCAAAGGAACUACGUGAAAAGGAGUUUAAGCUACCUUACCAGAAACCUAUGCCCUGCUUGAAUGAGAGAGACGAUUGCCUGCAAUGUUAUAAGGAACAUCUCCAGGAUCCUUUGAAGUGCGCAUCUGCAGUUAAAAAGUUUGCUGAUUGUGCUCGCCAGGCUCGGCAGCAAGCUGGCUAACCAAGCCUUAAGGGGCCUCAAAUAGAUCUCAAUGGGAGUUGUAAGAAAUGUUACAAAUUGUAUUCAGAAGCAAUCAAAUAUGAUUUGUAAUAAGGUUCUUAUUAUGUUAUUUUAGUGAAAGAAAACAAAAAGGAUUAAAAUGAUAUCCAGACUAUUUGUGAAAGACCAAAAUUGUUCUAGAUUAUGUAAAAAUCUUGAUUUAGUCCCUA